GUGAGUUGUCGUUGAGUUUUGUCUGGGAGCAGGCGUUCUACAGACGUCUAAUUCCAGGAAAUGGACCAAGUGAGUCGGUUCCUUUUGCUGACCAUUUUGUCCGCGGGUCACGUGCUGUCUUACAACUACUAUCUGACCGCCGCGGUUGUUGGACACAAGGGUUCAAACCGGGUGACGGAGUUCCGACGAGCCUUACAGCAGACAGAGAGCGGACAGGAAGGAGACUUCUGUAGGAUAGAGUUCCAGGAACUGGACUACGACGAGACGGACGGCAGCACAGUGUAUGAGACGCUGAACAUAGCCCGCGACACGUUAAAUAAUGCCUCUGUGGCGGCGGUACUCGGUCCAUACAUUGAUGUGUUUACGUCAAUGGCCUACGUCAUCACAAAGCAAGCACAUCUACUUACGGAAAAGUCCGAGAGUUCCGAAGCGUCGUUGAGAUCUCUCCCUAUUCUUCCCGACUCCGACUCCUUGGCAGAUGCUGUUGCAGAGAUCAUUGCCAAUAUGAUGAAAUGGGAAGGCAUAGCCUUUCUUUCACAGAACGACUUUUCUCCUGUAACCAAGCUUAGCCGACGUAACGUCAAGGUCUGGCCGAUCCGUCUUCCUCCCUCGAUCGACUCGGAGAACGACAAGGAGCUGGUGCUGACGCUGACCAGGUUACGUAGCGCUCAGCGGCGCCGCCUGGUGUUUCACUCAAUGGACAGUUCCGUGGUCAAGUUCGUCAUGAAAGCGGCCGAUAAACUGCUGAUGUUGCACAGUUCUUUGAGUUGGUUUAUCACAUAUUUGGAUUUUGGGGACGUGGUGUCCAUUAUCAAUAGGACGGCAGACAUCUACGGCCUCCAGCUGCUCAACAGACACUCCAUAUCUUCCUCUUCUAACUCAAACGACGACCUCAACAAUGCUGUUCUUUGCGACUCUGUAGGAUUGUUACGUCACAUCCUCAGCCAGAAAUACAACUGCUCAAAGGAACCGGAACAAAACGUAAACUUGAAGGCGGGAGAUGUUAUGAAAUUUGUCAACGAUCUACCGAACGAAACAAGUGCUCCAUACAUUGGGACCUUGAGUAAGUAUGUGUGGACCAACAGCAGUGACAACACGGGCAAAAUGAGGACCCAGUACUCCUUUGGAAUUAUGGGAUAUAAUGGAACGACCACAAAGAUUGGCAACUGUACAUUCGAAGGCAACAACAUUACGAUACUGGAGACCAAGCAGAUGCCGAGUCGGGACCAAAGCCUCGAUAAAGUGCUCGCCGGCCAUACAUUCACUGUUAUAACGAGGGUGGAACCUCCAUUUGUGAUGAAGACAGGAAGUGGUCGGUACGAAGGGUUUUCUGUGGAUGUACUGGAAGGGAUCGCCAAGGAAAUGAAUUUUAAAUACGACAUCCGGGAACUUGACAGUAUCACACAGAAUCGGAGUGACGUGGAAGACGACUGGGACACUUUAAUCAAACAACUCAUGGUCGGGAAUGCGCACAUGGCGAUCGGGUCUUUGGCCGUGAAGUCUAGCCGGGAAGAACAGAUUUCCUUCUCCUUCACCAUCAUCUCCUCUACAAUUAGCAUUGUUACCAAACGUCCGGUGACGUCACCAGUGUUGUUCCAGUUCCUGUGGCCAUUCAGUUGGCAGCUGUGGGUCGUCAUCAUAGCGUUCUACGUCGUGGCUGGUGGAGCGCUAUGGGUCAUGAGCAGAUACGACGUCACUCAAAAUGGUUCAGAACAACAGUUUGAUUUAAAGGAGAGCAUUUGGUACUCCUUCAACCUUUUCCUUGGAGGAGGGACAGAGUACUCCCCGCAGACUACAUCGAUGAGGACAAUGAUCGCUUUCUUCUGGUUUUGUACUUUGGUGAUCACCGCAGCGUACACAGCGAAUCUAGCGGCGUACCUCACACUACAGCAACAGGACAAUCGCAUCAAAUCCAUGGACUCACUCUCCAAGCAGAUGACCGUCAAGUACGGUCUCCAGAAAAACAGCGACCUCAUGCAGUUCUUCAAAGAUUCCUCAAUAGAUCCAUUCGAACGCAUGUGGGCUACCAUGAAACUCGAGGAAAAGACGCGACUGAUUCCAGACAGAAGCACUGGUAUUGAAUUGGUGAAAAAUGGCAUGAACGGCAGUGAUUUCGCGUUCUUGGACCUGGCGCUAAUGAAUGAGUACGCAGCGUUGCGGCACUGCGAUAUGGAAUCGUUUGAUCAGAACUUUAAGGAGACCAAGUUCAGCAUGGGGUUUCCAAAUGGUGCUCCAUACAAAGACGACAUCAACAGGGCGAUUUUGAUUCUAAAAGAAAGAGGACAGCUAGAUGCUCUCAAGGAUAAAUGGUGGUCCAUUCCCGCCACUGCCGAGUGCGCCGACUACGUCAGACCGGAAGACCGGCAAAAGCCGACGGCGGAACUGGACCUGGCCAACAUGCUGGGAGUGUUCAUCGUGCUGUUGUCCUGUGUCUGUUUGUCUGUCCUGAUAGAGAUCUCCAAGAGGGUGAUGUCCCUCAUUAAUGGACGGAGGAAAGCCAAACAGUGAAAGUCACCGGCCUCGUAGAGUUUUCAAAAAUGGUUCAAAACUCCAAAGUAUUAUAGGUGAACAUAUGAUAUUAUGUAAUUCAUGGGGUUGUGAACUUGAAUAUGUUACCUGGUAUAUUUACAGUUUGUGUGAUGUUGUUGUGUUUUUUCCCACAACAAGAAGGAAGGUGUAAGCUACGUUCAGAACUUAAGUAGCUGUUACAUAAUUAUGUACUACAAUUUUUUCAUACGAAGUGUACUGUAGCACGUGUUUUGAUGUCUCUCAUGCAGGAAUUGUGGUAUAAUAAAGAAAGUAAU